GUCUAACCUAUUUUUUGUGGAUCUUAUUAUAUGCUGGUUCCCACAGUGCUGGCAAGUUGGAGGUGUUGGUGAUUUAUUUUAGGGUGUCUAAGUGAAUGCUGGCUAGAACUCACAGUCUUCAAUUCACUGUCAUUUUUUUGUUGAUUAGACAGAAUUCCCUCAAAGGCUGAAAAAAAAUGUAAUGAAGAACUGUGGAGAUUGUGGGUGAUACAGUGAUGUAUUAAACCUGGCUCAGGGGUGUUGGUGAGUGCAGCUGAUGGAGCCCUCCUGGGGCAGGAAUGUGCAGACCCAGCCCAGCAGUGUGGCUGUCAGGAGCUUUCAGGUCAUUGAGGAUGUUUGUUUGAAGCAGGUUUGUAUCAGCCUGCAGGAACUGCAAUCUCAGGUCUUAAACUAUCAGUACUUCAUGCUGAACUGUUCAGUGGGGCAGCCCAGAGGUUUGGGUGCCAGCAGCCUUGCCCUGUGUGUCGGUGCCACUGCAGAGGCCGUGCUGUGGGGAGGGCAGGGUGCUGUCUGGGGACACUGGGCAGGGGCAGGAGCUGCUCUGUCAGUGAUGCUAUGUUUCUGCUGGUGCAGCAAAGCCCAGCACAGCCCUGCUCUGCCAGGGAUGCCAGAGCUCAGAUGUGAUCUGUGCAACCCUGUUCAGCAAUCACUGCCACUGCUGGCUUUACUUCGGGGAUUAGUGCCCAUCUUAGCACUCUGGUGUUUGGGAUUUCCAGAAGAGACUGCAGCAAUCUCUGUUUUUUAACUGAAUAGCUUAUGGAAAUGUUUGCAAGUCUGUGUAAAUGUUUUCCUUUACCAUUACACGUGGUUGCAGAGGGAGCAGCUCUGUGCACACGUGGCUCUUUGCCUGUUCCAGUGUGGACAGUACAACCUCUGUUAGGCUGAUGAAUUGAUUUCACAAAACUUUCUCUUCAAAACUCCGUUGCUUACAGCCCUGGGCUCGAGUUAAGCAAACAACUUGUGCUUUCAUUGGGUGUUUUGUCUUUUGUUUGCUGUUUAAUGGCAUUUCAGCUGAGUGGUCUGUGCAGCAAUGUGCUCUGGGGUCACAGAGAGCUCUGUGCCUGUGGCACUCUGGCACUUGGCACUGCUGUAUCCAGAGCGAGCCAGAGCCUGAGGAAUUUGGUGAGUGUUGUACUUGUAAACUUGUCAAAAGAUCUUCCCUCAGUAAAAUCAGAUAAUAGCAAGUAAUUGAACUGUUUCUCAAGAUUUCUAAUCUAAAUGGACUCUUUAAGCUGUCUUGGCAUUUGGCUUUGCAAAAUGUCAUUUCCUAUUCAUUUUUUGUUAAAUGUUUGACUUGCUGACAUCUCCAUUUUCAGAGGCUGCAAUUUGGGUUUGAUCUCUGCUCAAAACCACUGUUUAAAUGAAGGGCCUUAAAUUAUUGAAAUUGCAUGAGGAAAGCAUUUUAUAUUCUCUUUAGGCACAUGUUCAACUGAACCUGUAGUGGGUUUAAAAUGGAAUCAUCUAGAUACAAAUGAGGUGACCCUCUUAAGUGUGUGCAAUUCACUGCUGGCAGAAAUAGCCCAGGUACAUUUGAGGGAAACUGGGGUUUUUUUAGGUGCUAGAAUUAACAGUAACCUUCUAUCAUACUGGAUACACUGAUAUUAUUUGCCUCUUCAGCUUUUCCGAUCUUUGGAAUUUUUGGUUUUUAUUUUUUUUUAUACUUCAGAAGAGCUUCCUUAUCUUUUUUACAUCGCUGUCAUGAACUCAUUUUUCUGAACUCUGAGCAGUCUUUGAUGUGGGGUAACUGCUCUGAAAUCCAACUGCCUGCUUGGCUACAGCUGAGCUUGAUAGUCUGGAGCAGGAAACAGAUGGUGCUAGAUGUCAGGUUGUAGAAUCAUCAAAUUUUUUAGCUUGGAAAAGACCUCCAAGAAUGAGUACAACUAUUUCUCCAGUACUGCCAAUGCCACCAGUAACCCAUAUCCCCAGGUGCCACAUCCAUGUGGCUUUGGGGGUAGUUACUCCACCACUACCUUGGGCAGCCUGAUCCAAUGCCUGACAACUCUUCCAGUGAAUGUUUUGGGGGUUUUUUAAUGCUAUCCAAUCUAAACCUCCUCUGGUGCAAUUUGAGGCUGUUUCCUCUUGUCCUGUUGCUUGUUAAUUGGGAGGAGAAGAGUCUGAACCCCAGCUGGCUCCAUCCUCUUUUCAGGGAGUUACAGGGAGUGAGAAGGUCCCUCCUGAGCCUCCUUUUCUCCAGGCUGAGCCCCCACAGCUCCCUCAGCUGCUUCUCAUCACACUUGUGCUCCAAAGCCUUCCCCAGCUCUGUUGUCCUUCUCUGGACAUCUCUUACAGACAUUUGUCCCCAAGGGUGGGUUGACUGCACAUUUUAAACUCUUCACUGUAGAUUGUUUUGCAGGGUAUGCACAGCUGACCUGCUUUACCUGGCUCUUACACAGGGCUCUUAGCAAACUCCCAACCACCUAAUAAGCUUUGUGAAGGCUCAAAAUAGUCAUGCAUCAAGUCUGAUUAGAAGCUGGGACUUCCUCUUUAAAGAGCAAGGGAUCCAGAAUUUAAGAUCUGCUUAGUCUGACGUUUUUCCACAUUGGAGCAGCUGCCCAGACUUGCAGACUGUUUGCUGCUUGGCAUUGGAUGUUUUCACCCAAGAUCCUUCUUGAAACAGGAGGGUUUUCUACCACCACAUUUAGUAGUGAUGUAUUCCAGUGAGAAGCUUCUGUUUUGGACAAAUUGGUGCUGCUGUAGUUAAGGAGGAGCUCCUCCAAGAGAGUGUUUAGUUCUGGCUGGUCUGUGAGGACAGGGCUGGAGAUGGCCUGGCCAUGAAGAGUGUUAUGAACUCAGUAUAAUUGGGGGUGGGUUAUGUGUGGGGAUGGAGAGGGAAGCUGGAGCUGUGGCUGUUCCUGCAUGUCAGGCAUUCCGUGGUGCUUUGAAUCAAUUCAAGGCAAUGCCAGCUCAGAGACAAUCUGGCUGCCAGCCUCUCUUCCACAGCCCUGCUGUGGGACUCUCUUGCUUGGAGAGGAGUCAUGGCCUGUGGGGUGGCAACAAUUUGGAAGCACUUGAGUCCUCUGGACCCUCUUGCAAGAACAAUCCAGGCUCCUGAAAACCUUUAUGCCUUUUCUCCCCACUACCCCCACGGAAAAGCCGCCUGCUCAUGAAAUUUCAUCCUUGAAGCUGUAAAACUCCUCUCUGUGGGAGCUGUGCCGAGACCUGCAGCCAGUUCAGAAGGCUCCAAUGUAUUUGUAAGUUCAUGUUUGCUUCAGGCUGAGCUGCUAAGCCUUCCUGCAGGCCUGGAAAUUCAAGCACUCGGGUAAAAAGGACCCUGGAGGAUUUCCUGUGCCUGUGCUCAUUGCCCAAGCAAGGAAGCUGUUCCAGAUGGUUGUAUCCUGCACAGCUCUCCUGAGAUCUCAUCAUCUGGCAGGAGCCUGGGCUGGUGCUGCCACAGGGGCAGUGUGACAGCUCUGUCUUGGGAAGGAGACUUUCAUGAAGAUGAGACUUUCAUUUCCCUCAAGCUCUCACUGUGAAGGGGUUUUCCAUGACCAGCACGGGGAUAAAUGCAGUCAGCCCGAGCUAGAGGUGAGUGCUUGUCUUCCAACCUGGCAGCAGAGCUUCAGCUCCCUAAAUCUCUGUUUACUCUGCAUUGUCUAAUGCCCUGUUGCGAAACCACGUUGGAGGCAAGAAGAAUGAGAGUUUGUUGUUGGCUUUCACCGGGGGCUGGAGCAGAGGCUCAGCACUGCCCUGCCAGUCCCCUCCUGCCUGUGAGGUGCUCUCCUUGCUCUCCUGCCUCUGUUGGGUUUGUAUCCUGGUAACUUCACUUGUGCUCAGGUGUUACAGAACUCCCUGCGGUCCCUGGAGCUCUGGGAAGCAUGAACAAAACUCAUCCCCAGAGAAACGGUGAUGUAGCUACUUUUGGUUCAACAGAGUCCUCCUCUGGAGAAAGAGGCUGCUGCCAUCCGUGUGGUGCCCGUGCUGGCUGCACUCACAGACGCCUCUGCAUCUCUGCCCUGGCACUGCUCGUCCUCGCGGCCGCCGCGGCCUCGGGGGUGGCAGCCCUGGCACUCCUGCCACGGGCACCAGUGAACCGGCUCUGCACAGCCCCUAAUAACAGGACAGGCUUCUUGUGUGAUGACAGAGUGACUUGUGUCCCUGCCAGCUGGGUCUGUGACAGGGUCAGCAACUGCAGGGACGGCGAGGAUGAGCAGGAGCAGCUCUGUGGUGACUUGCCCCACAGCCUGCCAGGAUACCUGGUUUUCUACUGCAGCAACCCCAGGGCCUGGGUUUAUGCUGACCAGAGGUGCAACGGGAUGAACGACUGCGGGGACUGCUCGGACGAGACGUGGAGCUUGGCUGCCUGCCCCCCGUGCGGGCAGGAGUGGUGGAGCUGCAGCCCUGUGCACUUCGAGUUCUGCUCCUGCAUCCCCAGGAGGCUGUGCCGGGACGGAAUCCAGCACUGCCUGGGCUGGUCCGACGAGUUCCUCUGCACAGCCUGAAUCCUGGCACCUGUCCCUGCUGGGGACAGCAGGGUGCUUCCCACCCAUCACCCUGGAGCCGCGGGGUCCUGCCGUGCCACCCUUGGGAAGCUCCAGCCCAAGCGAAUCCUCCCCAGCCGCGCAGUGACAGGAGCAGGGCCUGUGGCAGCCCUCGGCGGGACGCUGGCUGGGGACAGCUGCCAGGAGUCUGUGCCAUGCCAGGGUGACACUUCCUUCAUGGGCAGCACUGACUCGGUGCUGGGCUGGAGAGGCUUCACCAGGCACAGCUGGCACAGCCCUGGUCCAGGGGUUCCUGCUCCAUGGACAUCCUGGGGCCUCUGCAGCUGAGAGCUGCCCCGAGGAGCAGGAGCUGAGUGAGGUGAACACAUCUGCAGAGUCCUGAUCUUCACUGGCAGCUUCUGUUCGUGUUCAGAACACGUCUGCAGAUGGUUUCAGCAGUGACUUUGAGGGCUCUGUGCUGAUGUUCCUGGGACACUUCCUUGGGAAUGCUGUGCUGGGAGUGACACUGGGGAGAUGCUGCUCAGGCCACCUCCUGCUCCCUUCUCAAACCACACAGGCCAACACAGAGAGUGUAAUGGCAUGGAAAACUGGAGAAGUUUCAGGGUUUGGGGGAUAAAUCAUGUCCCUGUGACAGAGUAGCUGUCCCUGAGAGCCAGGGCAGGGAACCAGCAUGACUAAAUAACCUGCUCUUCCCUCAGGGCUGUGCAGCUUUGCAGCAGCAGACUGAGAACAGCCGUGGAGCUGGGAUGGGUCUCACUGAAGUUGGCAAAGAAAGGAGGAAAAGGAAGUCUCAGCCUUGGAGCAGAGAGCAGCAGAAAAUCAAGUGCUGCUCCCAGGGUGGUGUGGGAUGACACUGGAUCUGUUUGCUGCUUGUUUUGUUCCUCUGCCAGCAGGGCACAAGCAGGCAGCCAGGCCUUCAAAGCAGUCCUCAGGAUAUAGGUGUGGACAUGACAGUGAAAUUUAAGAAAGAUGAGGUUCUGUCUGCUCCUUUGAAAAUAUCAUCUGUGUCUAAAACAUCGAGGGAAACCCCACAUUUACAGUGAGUACUCUUACUUUUCUAGGCCCCCAAAAAAACCACAAGGUGAUUUUCUUCUGCCACCUCAGGUCAUAGAUAUUUAAAAAUAAACUCCUGUUCACUCAUUUCUUCUCAGUCCUGUGAUCUGCAGCUCUGCCUGUCACUGUAACUCAGAUCAAUGGUGAAUGUUGCUUCUAAUUUGUCACUGGGAUACAGCUGGAAAUCUGAGAGAACUUUUUAUAAAUAGCUUUACAGUAUUGUGACUCACACUCUGCCUGGAAUGAGAUGGCAAAACUCUGCAUGGGGGAAUGUUUAAGCUGCUUUUACUCACCUGUCUCUCUCCAGGCCUGGCCAGGGUGCACAGCUUGUUUUCUCUGUGCCUGUAAAAUGUUAUCCCAGUGCAGUAAGGAUUGAACUAAUCAGCUGUUAAAAAAAAAAAUAUAUAGGAACCCUCAUGCUCAGCACACGGCCCAGGUAACGGGUUUGGUAAAAUUAGGAUUGGUUAAAAAAAGUGCAUCUCUCCAUGGUCAGAUCAGCAUAUCUCCUAUGGUGGAAGGGAUGGCCAAAAAUUCCGUGGUGGGAAUUGCACCAGAAGCAGCUUGAGGGGGAAGAUUGCACAUCUUCCUCCCCACUGAGCCACUGUUUUGAGUCACAAUUUGUGCCAUUAUUGGUCUCAGCAGAGAGCUGAUGUAGUUGUCAGGGGAAAGUAUUAAUAGCCUUGAGUUUCUGGGAAAAGAAAGUAGGAUUUCAGUGCAAGUGUGCCUGCUUUGUUUGUGUGUAGUCUUUUCUGAGGAAAAUUCAGCAGUAAGGAAAAGACAAAGGGGGUUUAUUCUUUAGGCAUUUCUGAGCUGAAGUUCAUUUUCUUGGCCUCUUCGUGGUUUCCAAGGAUGUGCUGCUUUUCUUGGUGAUGAAUUAUGGUAAACAACAAUGUAAAAGGAAGAUACCCUCUGAAGAAGCACUAGCAGGGGAAACCUGGAGAAAAUCUUUGGCCUCAUGAGCACUAAGAAGACACUGAUGAGCACUGUGCACCUCAGCCAGUUGUGAUGGAAACACUCAGGGCAGGAAUUCAAUGUUUAACAGUUACCUGCAGCACUACAGCUGCACACACCAACACAGAAAGGUCUGAGUGUCCAGGUGAUUUACAGCUGAUCUGCAUAAUUAAUAUUUGAAUUAUAAAUGCCCCUCAGUGUUUUCAGAUGGAGAAGCACAGUUAGUGUAUUGCAGGCACACUGAAAAUGGGUUUUAAACCACAGAAUGAUCUCAAAUAGUGAAUUUGCUUGUAUGGGAGAAUAAAUUAUAACUGCAGAGCAUAAUCUCUACAGUAACCUCAUUCCAGCUCUCAUUUUCUAGGCUAAAAUGAGAAAGAAAGGGGAUUUGUGUUCCACUUUGGGCUUCUGCAAUGGCUGUUGGCGAGGUGUUACUGCCUCUGCCUCCUUGCCCAGAGAUCUGUGCUUAUCCUUUGUGCUCCCUCCCUCUGCACAGCCCCGUCAGCACAGCGCCUGCUGCUUUCAGGCUGAGGUUUCUGUUCUGGCAGCACUGUAAACAUCCCAUGGCACUGACAAGCCCAGU